AUGGGCCAAUUUGCCGCGAGCUCCACUUCCACGGUUUGCCGGCAUUCUCUUCCCCACACCCGAUUUCCCCCCGCCCUGACCUCGACUCGAUCAUAUUUUCUUGAUGCGCUCCUUCUCUGCGUCAUGGCAAAGCCGCAGGGCGCUAUGCGGCACAAGCGCAAGUCCCGAGGACGCGGACUUCGCGCGACUACUGGUUGUCUAAUCUGCAAGAGGCGACACGUCAAAUGUGAUGAGGUACACCCUCAAUGUGGUCCCUGUGCAAAAGGCCAGCGACCCUGCAUGUAUGCACCCCGCGACUCCCCAUACGACCGCCCCUCGCCGGCAGAGGGGAAUGCCUCCCGGUCCCCCACAGAUUUGCCAACUAUAGAUAUAACAAACGACCGGAGCUCUUUGCACGAACCUUUGCAGAUCCUGGUCGAUGCUUGCGACCAAGAACAACCUAUUCAGUAUACCAGUCCGCAUUCAGAAUCGCAGCAUGCGACCGACACUAUCGUGCCCGAUAACCCUGCGUCUGCGGGUGCCGUUGUGCCGACCGCAAGAUCCCCAUAUACAUAUGCCCCAUCACCAGGAACAGAAAGUUCCUGGUCGUCUAGAGCUGCGCCUUUAAGCUGGUUUGAAUUACUUGCUACCGACGCUGCAAAUGCCGAUGACAGAUUCCUCUUAUCCUCACCUCAGCAGUUCCCGCGAACUCACGCCCACACACAUAACCAGGUUGAUACUGGAGAAGACCCACGAAACAGCUCCAAUCUCCGACCAAGAACAUUGCGUGAAAGUCAAAGCUUCAAUGCGGCGGCGUUUCCACAGGAUCCUGAAAUAGCGCAGCGAUUUGCGUCACAAACCCCCGAGUUGUCGUCUGCCAUAUCUAGUGUACCAUCCUCGUGGAGCUCGAAAUAUUUGAUUGAUCUUUCACCGCUCGAACACUAUCUGUUUCAAUACUUUGUGCGCAUCUCAAGCAAGUGGUUGGAUUUCUACGACCCAGAGAAGCAUUUCGCCUCUUCGGUUCCUCAGCUGUCUCUUCGCAACGUGGGCUUAAUGAGGGCUCUCCUAGCAUUGGCUGCACGACAUCACUCUUUAAGUGAAGGGGAGCCCGCAUAUCCCGGAGGAGUUCCAGCGCGGGCGGGGAACACUUCAUCUCAUGGAGAGAACACAAUUGACCGUAAUCUGGCCGUGCAAUAUUACUUCGAAUCCCUCCACUACUUGAACAAAGCUAUGCAGCACUCUUCCUACGCACGCAGUCGAGAAUUGAUCGCCACUGCCAUUCUUAUCAGCACUUACGAAAUGAUCGAUGGCUCCAAUCAAGACUGGGAGAGACAUCUGAAGGGGGUAUUUUGGAUCCAACGAUUCCAAGAUAACGACGGCGAAUCCGGAGGUCUCCGAUCGGCUGUAUGGUGGGCCUGGAUCCGACAGGAUGUGUGGGUAGCUAUGCGCGAACGACGUCGUGUCUUCAGUUUCUGGAACCCCAAGAAACUAGUAUCAGAGUUAUCUGCUUCUGAACUCGCAACUCGGGCGACAUACCUACUUGCACAAUGUGUCAACUACGCCUCGAAGGAGGAACAAGGGGCUUCAGACCUUGAACGUCGCUUGGAUCGCGGAAGCGAACUCCUCUUUAUGCUUCAGGAAUGGCAUGCUCAUCUACCACUUGAAUAUAACCCUCUCCCUGUUGUGUCAAGCACGGAGAUAUUCCCUCCUAUCUGGGUUCAUCCCCCAUCCUAUGCGGCUGCAUUGCAGGUUCACAGUCUUGCUCGGAUUCUUGUUACACUUCAUCGGCCCUCGUCAGGUGGCGUUGAGGAUUUCCGUGCAGCGCAGAAAUUGUUGACACUGUCCGUGAACACGAUCUGUGGCAUUGCGCGAUCUGUAGAUGAGAAUGAUCAAGCGGCGAAUAUUGUUUCUCUACAUACUAUAUUUGGAGCUGGUAUGUGCGUUUCGACUCCACAUGAACGUUUGGCGCUUUUGGAUAUUCUCGAAACUUGUCAGCGCAGAGUACGCUGGCCUUUGAAUUCUUUGACAAAGGAACUCGAGUUGGAAUACGGGAAAGACUCGUUUCAUGAUUUGCUAAGGUGA